AUGGCUCCCAACUCAUAUAUGGACGAGGCCACAAGGACCUUCUCCGGCCUCAUCAAGCGUAUUUCUAUUCCCCUAACACCGACAAGCCCUCCUGGUUUAGUUCAGGCGCAUACAAUUGACCCAUGGGAGAAGUCUGGAAAAUAUGGCCGAGGAUGGUCCUAUUUCGCCCUCGCCUUGAUGGGCACUGUUCUCAUUAUGCGUGUCUGGCACUUCUGGCAGGACAAGAUUCGACAAGCUAUUUACAAACAGGAGGUCGAGGAGCACUACCAAAACCUCUAUAAUGCCGAGGUUGAAGCCAUGUCCGGUAUGCGCAGUGCCCAGAGCCAACAGUUCUUCCCGGAAGGUCAUGAAAUGAUAGGCGAGAAAAACUUCAGACCGAAAGCACACUUCUCCUCUGUUAAUAUCAUCAAUGAUACCUUGGCUCUAUUUCGAUGGAUCUUUUACCGUCCUAUCCCGGACUUGGUGAUUGGAAAACGCCGAAUCACCUUCUCAUCACUGGCAGUUCUUACUACUGUCUUCAUUACUCUCGCCUUCGUCGUCCUUUAUUGCUUCCUGCAACAGCCUCUAUACUGGCAGAGCAUUCAGUUCGGAUCACCUCCCCUGGCGAUUCGAGCUGGCAUGAUUUCGAUUGCUUUGACACCGUGGAUCAUCGCAACUAGCAUGAAGGCAAAUAUCCUUACUGCUAUCAUUGGCAUCGGCCCCGAGCGGCUUAAUGUUUUCCACCGAUGGGCAGGCUACCUCUGCCUGUUCCUAUCCCUCGUCCACGCCAUUCCCUUUUAUAUUCAGCCCGUAUGGGAUGACGGUGGAAUGAAGGUUUUUCAACGCUUGUUUCCCGGUGGUAGUGGCAUCAUCUAUGGCACUGGCAUCGCCUGUCUUGUACCCCUUAUCUGGCUAUGCGUCGCAUCACUGCCUUUCAUCAGGAGAACAGCCUACGAGAUCUUUGUGGUUCUCCAUGUACCCGUGGGAAUAGUCUACGUUGGUCUCCUUUUCUGGCACACGAAGAACUUCCUCAUGUCGUGGGCCUACCUUUAUGCAACAAUAGGUAUCUGGGCAUUCUGUUACUUCAUAAGGCUGUUCAAGCUUAACUGGCUCAAGCCUUGGCGUAUGUCUUUCAUGGUUGGAGACGAGGCCGCUAUUACUCUUAUGGCAGAGAACGCCAUCAAAGUUACAAUCCCAACGCAGAUGAAAUGGAAGCCUGGCCAAUACGUUUAUCUUCGUAUGCCUGGUAUCUCCAUCUUUGAGAAUCAUCCUUUCACCAUUUCAUCGCUCUGCAGCGAUGACUUCCCAUCAGAGUACGGCGAACAAUACCGGGACUGUACUCUGGUGUUCAGGCCCUAUGGUGGAUUUACACGCAAGGUGCUUGAUACUGCCAUCGAGAAAGGGCCAUUCCAUACCUACCGUGCUUUUCUUGACGGCCCCUAUGGCGGUAUGCGCCGCGAUCUAGCUGCCUUCGACACCUGCAUCCUGAUUGCCGGCGGCAGUGGUAUCACUGCCCUUGUGUCACAGCUCCUCAACCUCAUCAAGAGAAUGAGGGAUGGCAAGGCCAUUACCAAAAAGGUUGUUGUCGUCUGGGCUCUGAAGCGACUUGAAGCUAUGGAUUGGUUCAGAGAAGAACUGCGAAUUUGUCGCGAGGCCGCUCCCCCCGAGAGCGUUACUUGCAAGUUCUUCGUAACAUCUGCGGUGAGAGCGAGACCAGGCAUGGAAGGGCCAGGACCCUUCAGUCAGGUCGGCCCUGGCGGUCCUAAUGGACCCCGAGCUUUGAGUCAUAUGUUCCAUGACAAGCUCGAUGGUUUUGUUGCGGGCAUCGCUUCCAAGAGAAACUCUGCCCUGAUCCAAUCCGAGGCUCAGGGUGACCCCGAGCGUGAGAGGGAGCUACGGGCCGAGGACGAGGACCGUAUCACAGCCCUCCCUCAGCAGAAGUACCUGCAACCUCACUCAAUCCCUCCUCCUCCUCCUCCGGGACCACCUCCUACUAACCAAGACGAGGCCCUGAGGAGGCUUGAGGGUCACGGCUAUCCCGAGGACAAGAAGAUUCCUCUUGGGGACAGCGAGGAACCCAUUAAAAACGACCCGGAGUUCCAUUUCAGACCCAUUAAGCAAGAUAAUCCACCUCAGUUUAACUACGCGCCAAGGUCUCCUAGAAGACUUCCAGAGUCGUUCCCUACGGAAGAAGAAGCAUUCCCAGUUCGGGCUCCUGAGCUUGCCCACCUGAGGACAGCCAACCCUGAGGCCGGAAGACCGCGACCGACAUCAACUUUUGGCCCCCCAUCUGGCUUUGACUUCGGCUUCCCCCAAACCCCAACUGAGUUUCAAAAGAGUCUGAUGCGCUUCGCGUUCCCUGUGCCUCAUCAGAUCGAUGGAGGAUGGAGCGUUGAGUAUGGCCGUCCUGACCUGGGCUACAUGUUGAAGGAAUGGGCGACAGGAGGUGUCGAUGGACGAGGCAUCCUUGGCCGACGCACGGCAGUCUUCGUAUGUGGCCCACCAUCUAUGAGAGUUGGUGUUGCCAAUACGGUUGCCCGACUCCAGGCGGAGAUCUGGGGAGAUGAUGAGCUUGAAGAGAUCUUCUUACAUACCGAAAACUACGCUUUGUAA